AUGGCGCCAUCUCCUCAUUUGCGGAUUUCUUGUUGUCUCCUUCCUUUCUUCUUCUUCUUCCUAUCAUUCUCGCCGCAAGUGUGCACCGGCGAAGGCGAAACUCCUCCGGAGAUAACCUACCACGACGGGCCCAUCCUCACCGGCAACGUAAAGCUAGCGCUCGUGUGGUACGGUCGGUUCGGGCGCGUCCAGAAGAACACGGUGAGGGCGUUCGUGAAAUCCUUGAACUACGAAGGGCACGCCGCCGGCCAGCCGCUGGUGUCGUCGUGGUGGAAGAUAGUGGAAGGGUAUCAAACCGCGGCCAAGAAACCGGACGGACCGAUCACGGUCAAAGUUGCGAGGCAGGUGACGGAUACCAGCUACUCCAUCGGGAAAGUUAUUACGACGGAUUUUCUGAAGCCGCUUAUACAGAAGGCGACCGAGGGGAACCCGGGGAUACUGCCGGUAAUUUUCACGGCGAGGGAUGUUUCCGUGCAUGGGCUCUGCAUGGGGGAAUGCGCCGACCACGGAAUUAUUGACAAUCAAACGUACGUGAUCGUGGGCAACCCAGAGACUGAAUGCCCAGAAGAGUGUGCCUGGCCGUUCCGAGGCGGACCGGACCUCAUCCCGCCCAGCGGCGACAUCGGCGCCGACGCCAUGGUCAUCGGCUUCGCUCAAGGACUGGUAGCCGCUGUGACCAACCCGCAGGACACAGGCUUCUUCGAAGACAGCCUCAGGAAGCCACUAGAAGCUUCGUCAGCUUGCACGGGCAUCUUCGGGAGCGGAGCGGUUCCGGGGAGCAACCCGGGGAAAUUGCUCAAGGAUCCGGCCACCGGAAAGAGCUUUAAUUGCUAUGGCUCCAAGGGGAAGAGGUUUUUGGUCCCCGCGGUGUGGAACCCGGCCACGAAAACCUGCUGGACUUUGAUGUGA